AUGAGGAUAUAUCAUUUAUUACUACUUUUUGUUGGUUUACUUAUUAGUCUUUCAGCUGCACUGGAUAAUAAAAAUCUAAAAUCUCACACUAUUACUUUUCCAGUUAGUUAUAGUAAUAAUUCAGUUAUUGUAUAUAGUGGUCAGGGGACUCAUAAUCAUACUGUAAAAAAUACAGUAUUGAGUUUGAAGAAUGGUUUUCCUCAUCUCCAAGUUUUUACAUUAGAUCUAGAACAAAUAACUACUCACAAUAUUUCUUCAGCCUUACUAUUAGUUAUGCCAAGUGGACCUAAAAAGGAAUUUUCUGAAGUUGCACCAACAUUAGUCCCUAUAUUGGUUUCCUAUAUUAGAGGAGGUGGUAAAUAUAUUGGAGUGAACAGUGGUGCUGCAAUAUUCUGUCAGACUUUAGAUUUUAAUGAUGAACUUAUUAAUCCACCUGUUGCAAUUUAUAAUGGUACUUGCAAGGGUCCAAUAGCUCCACAUAAUAUAAAUGAUAUGAGUGGUUCAAGAGCUGUACAAGUUGAGCUUAUUGGUGAAGGUGCUCCACAAUUUCCUUCAUUUUAUUCUCAUGGAAGUUCAUACUUUUUGGACUUAGAAUCUAGUACUAAUUGCUCACCUUUAGCUAAUUUCAUGUUACCAGAAAAAGUAUCAGAACCUCAUUUGAUCUUCAGUAAAGAAGGUUCUAAAUAUCCAAUUAUUAUGAAGUGUUCAUUUGGUAAAGGUCUAGCAAUCUUAACUUUCCUUCAUAUUGAAAAUAAUAAAUUUUUCCUUACUAAACAGACUAAAAAACAUCCCUCAGAUAAACAUCUCAAGAAGGUUACUGAAUGUUUAUCUGACAUGAGCACUCAUACUAAGUCUCUGUACUUUCUAUUUUCACAAAUAGGAAUUUCAAAAUCAGCAUCUGGAAAAAAGUAA